AAGUGGUGAGGCGGGCGGCGGGCAGGAGGGGCCGCCCGGGGCGGGCCCAUGGCGGCGGCGCGGCGGGGAGGGAUGCUGAGGCUGGCUCUGGGACUGCUGGCGGCGGCCGCUGCCCUGGCCUUGCUACUAGAUUGGUACGCGCCUGCGGCGAGGCAGCCGCCGGGGGGUCGGCGCCGGCGGGCCCUUCAGCCCAGUCCCGGGGCGGAGGCCGCCAACCUGCUGUGGGUGGUGCAGGUGUCAGAUAUUCAUAUCAGUAAAUUUCGGGAUCCCAAACGAGCUCCUGACUUUGAAAAAUUCUGUUCUGAAACAAUUGACGUAAUUCGGCCAGUACUUGUUCUAGCAACAGGUGACCUGACAGAUGCUAAGACAAGAGAUAAACUGGGAUCUGAGCAGGUAGAAGCGGAAUGGAAAACUUACCAGUCAAUCCUGAAGAGAUCAAGGGUCAUGGAAAAAACCAAGUGGAUAGACAUCAAAGGGAAUCACGAUUCAUUCAACAUUCCACACUUGGAUAGUGUUCAGAAUUAUUACAGGAAAUACUCUGCCUGGCAUAAAGAUGGCUCUUUCCAUUACGUCCACACUACCUCUUUCGGGAACUAUUCAUUCAUCUGCGUGGAUGCCACACUCAGCCCAGGCCCUAAAAGACCCUAUAAUUUCUUCGGAUUUUUAAACAUGAAUCAAAUGAAAGAGCUAUCUUUGAUGGCAAGAGACAGUCUGUACAGCAAUCACACUAUCUGGUUCGGCCAUUUUCCCACCUCAACAAUCAUCUCCCCAGCCCCAGGAAUACGAACAUUAAUGAGUUCGGCCACAGCAUAUUUAUGUGGACAUCUCCAUACAAUGGGUGGGCUGAUGCCAGCCUUGCACAGUCAGCACCGUGGUGGCACUCUGGAACUCGAACUGGGAGAUUGGAUGGAUAAUAGGAGGUACCGGAUCCUUGCAUUUGACCAUGACCUCUUUAGCUUUGCAGACCUUAACUUUGAAGAAUGGCCUGUAGUUCUCAUCACCAAUCCCAAAUCCUUCCUUUACAGCAGUUCUGCUCAUGAACCACUAGGCAAAAUUCUUUAUUCCACUCAUAUCAGAAUUCUGGCCUUCUCUCCUUCUGUCAUUAUCUCUGUCAAAGUCUAUAUAGACGGAGUUCACUUGGGGAACGCGCAUCAGGUGUCUGGCCCUCUCUAUGUAUUGAAGUGGAGCCCACAAAACUACAGUGAAGGGUUCCAUCACAUAGAUGUGACUGUCCAGGAUGCUUCAGGAGGAAUUAGCACAAAGGGUCAUAUAUUUGCUGUGGAAGAAAACCUCUCUCUUAGGUUUGGUUUUUUGCCAUCUGUUAUUCUACUCACUGACCACUAUGUUCUAGCUCGAGUGCUCUUUGGACUGAUUGUGCUGAUUCAGAUGACCUUGCUCGUUAUUUUCAGAUACCUGCAAAAGCCAGCACUCAAAGAGAAGCCAGGAUUACUUACUCUGACCUCGUAUUCCCUUCAUGUCUUCAGUAAAACAAACACCUUCUACUACUCAGUUCUGGUUCUGAAUAUAUACACCAUUCUGGGACCAUGGUUUGUAGGUGAAUUGAUAGAUGGCCAGGUGGGGGCCUGUUUUUCCUUUGGGGUGUUUGUUGGAGGUUCCUUCUUACACGGCGGUCUGACAUUUGUGGUUGGGAUUUUACAGAUGUUGUUUUUUAACCUGCCAUUAAUGGCCUAUCUGUGUUGGUGCCUGAUGCUGCGAUGCCAGGGUCACAGCUUCCGUUCUCACAUCCAUCACGUCCGACGCCUUGUGGCUGUGCUUGUCCACCUGGCAAUGGCACUCCUCCUAGCCUGGCAGGUCUAUUCCUGCUAUUUCCUGCUGCAAACAUAUGGGACCUUGGCUUUCCUCCUCUCCCCAAUGAGAACGUGGCUGGUGGUGCUCAGCUCAGCUCUGAUUUAUAAAACCUGGACGCUGAAAUCGUCUGAGCUCAGAACUUAUAUAGUAGAAAUGAAAACCUGUCAGAGCUCCUGAAGCACAAUAUAAGUGUUUGAAAUUCUUUGACUUAAAAACUGUCAAGGCACAACCAACCUAUAGUUCUGCGAUGGAGACCAUGUCCUCAGAAUGAGAGAGCCAGAAGGAAUCGUGUGGUCUGAUGCCUAUAGUGUCUGUAAGUGAGGGGGUUGGGGCUGUACUUCUGGGUCUCAGUCAAAUGUGCAGAAGAGUGACCUAGGACAACUCACUUCUGUUUUCAGUUUCUCUAAGUCUAAAAAUGAUAAACAGUUAUGUUUAUGAAGAAUGUAACGAUCCAGAGCCAAGAGAGCUGAGGUGCCUUUAUCUGUAAAGGAAGGAGAACACUGGCCUGCUUCACAAGACUGCUAUAAAUGGAACAUUUAAAAUACUACAGUAACUUAUUUACGGUGCUUCAAGAAAAAGGAGGGGUAACUUAUUUACGGCACCUCAGAAGAAACCAGCAGUGACUGUAGUAGAACAUACAGGAAAAUAAAUUGAAUCAGAAGAAAAUUCUGACCACAAUUAAGACUUUUUGUUAUUUCUAAAAGAUUACAGUUUUCCUAGUCUUUAAUUUCUGUUCCUCAAUGAUUGAUGAUGUAAUAGGAAAAAGAGAGUAACAGCUCUCAUUUGCAUAAGUUAAAUACACUGUUAAGAGAAUACAGAACGUAAUUUCCUGCUACGUAAGUUUGUUUUGCAAAGCUGUUAGAAAAUCAAAGAGGCAGGGCACAAAAUUUACUUGUGAGACACACUAGUGAAAAAUUAAUAAUGAAACUGACACUUCACAAUUAAAUUACUUCUAUGUGAUCAGGGAGCAUAAGAAGUGGCAGUAAAAUACUUUAUAUCUAUACUGUGACAAGACCCUGUACUGAAAUGAUUAUUUUUUUUUCCCCUGUUGUGGAGGUAGCAGCUGAUUGCAAGGUAAUCAAAUCUCAAUGUAAUUAAAUGUCUAUGGACUUAAUAA